AUAAAUAAAACACCUUUAAAUGAAUUCUGAUGCGGUCUUGUUUUGUCGUGCAGAGAUAUUUGAGAAAUUUAAAAACAGUGAAGGAAACUUCAAGACAUCCUUAAUUAAUGAUGCAUUGGGUAUGCUGAGUUUGUAUGAGGCAACACAUCUUAGCAUAGGAGGUGAAGGUAUAUUAGAUGAAGCCUUAGCUUUUACUACAACGAACCUUCAAUCAGUAUUGCCUCAAUUGAACACUCAUCUAGCGGCACAAGUAAGGCGUGCCCUCAAUCAUCCCAUCAGGAAAUAUCUACCAAGGUUAGAGGCAAGGAACUAUAUUGAUACCUAUACAACCGAGGAAUCAUAUAAUACCACAUUACUAAAGUUUGCAAAGUUGGAUUUCAACAUGUUACAAGAACUGCAUCAAAAAGAGCUAAAUGUUGUCACAAAGUCGUGGAAAAAUUUAGAUGUGGCAACAAAACUACCUUAUGCUAGAGACAGAGUGGUCGAGUGCUACUUUUGGAUGGUUGGAGUUUACUUUGAACCUCAAUAUUCUUUUGCAAGAACAAUGAUGACAAAAAUAUUAGCCAUUACAUCAUUGUUAGAUGAUACUUAUGAUAAUUAUGCUACGGGUGAAGAACUAGAGAUCUUAAUAGAAGCUAUAGAAAGGUGGGACAUUAAGGCCAAAGAUGCACUUCCAGAGUACAUGAAAAUAAUUUACAGUACAUUAUUAGAUAUCUAUAACGAAUAUGAAGAGAAUAUUGCAAAAGAAGAAAAGUCAUUAUUAUAUUCUGCGUAUUAUGCAAAAGAAGCUAUGAAGAGAGUAGUGCGAGCCUAUUUGGCAGAAGCCAGGUGGUGUGAUAACUACUACACUUCUACAAUGGAAGAAUAUAUGCAAUAUGCACUUGUAACUACUUGUUCCCCGAUGUUGGCAAUUACUUCUGUUGAAGAAAACAGAAAUGUAGAGUAGCCUUUUUGGUCUCAGAGGCUGCACAAACCAAGUUGCUUGUGCAGACCUCUCAUCACUGACCAAGGAAAAAGGGGAGCAUCCUUUCCUGCAAAGCAGGAAAGGUCACUUCUACAUUUUUCUCAAUUCAGAAUUAUCCGUUAGAAAGAAACUCAGGAUCAUAGCAUGUAUAUAUUACCAUCACCAUUUGUA